UGCCGCGCUGUGUUCAUGGCAACGGUGGAGCAUCACGCCGCGUUACCUAGCAACCGAAUCACGGCCUGGAUCACCGGCACCGACAUGUCCCGAGAAGCCGCCGCGGCCGCCGAGUAUUACCGCUCCAAGCACGUACCGGAGAGGCUGGAACAGGCCCUGACCAGCGCCUUCUACCGGGGUCCUGAGGAUGUGUACGGACAUCUGGCCAAUUACUUUGCUGAGAUCUCCAUGCCUCCAGUUAUCAGCACCAUCCGUGGAAGAAAGGUCCUGGAUGGCAUCGGCCAAACCACUCUAGAAGCAGAGGUGUCGUGCACAGUACGGAACACUAACAAGAGUAUUUGUUCAGUCAUUAUCUCUGCAGACUAUCUUACCUGUGACACAGUGGAAGCCAAUGAGGUUGAGAGGAAGCAGUCAGUUGAAACCGCCAUUGAUUGGAUACAAGAUUAUAUAAGCCCAUCGCUUAAAGGAAUACAACCCAAUGAACAGGGGAAAAUCGAUCAACUGCUGAGUAACUAUUAUAAGAUGAAGAAGGCGGAGGAACGAGCAGCUGCUGAAGAAGUGACUCCAUCCCCCACAUUGCCCGUCCCGGCUCCUGCAGCGUCACCCGUGUCUGGGAAAAAGAAAGGAAGUGGUAAAGGUAAACCGACAGCUGCAUUAGAGAAGCCAAUUCCUCCGAUGGAGCCUCCUGAGCCGGCCACUAGGGGCAGUAUUGCGAUCGGUGCGGUGUCACUGGGUGUGGCUAAAUGCAGUGCGCUCCUCAGCAAUAUCCCCCUGUACUCCUACAUCUCUGCAUUAAAGCACGAGCAGCUGCCCUCAGAACUCGUUCUGCCGACACCCCUGAUAACGCUGCUCAGUUAUGGUAAAUCCUCUCCCGGGAAGCUCAACCUUAUGGAAGAAGUCAUGCUGGUUCCCAAGCCGGGGCUAACCGCGCGAGAGGUCUGUCUAUUGCAUGUCUGUCCGCCUGCCUGUCUAUCGCAUGGCUGCCUGCCUGCCUGUCUAUCGAAUGCCUGCCUGCCUGUCUAUCGCAUGGCUGGCUGCCUGCCUGAUCAACCCUCAUUCUACUGGAUAAAGGAGGAUAAGGGUCCACCAAGGACUGCAGAAACCUCUGUGGCUUAUAGCAGCCAGUUGUCUGCAUCUCCACAGAGGCUUGAUCGGACACUGGAUGUAUUAAAGGCCUGUCUAGAAGCGCUGGGAGAUGGCGCAACACCCGAUAAUCGUAUGCGGGUAAUAAAGGAGGUGCUGGGAUUACCAGACAACAGUCCUACAGUGCAAACUCUUGCACCAGCAGCCACUAUUCUACAGACUGCCCUGUUUUAUCAGGAUGUGCCCCAAGGAAGGUUCCAGCGACGCAAUCUGACGUCUGAAGUUUCAUGA